AUGUCCUCACCAAUCAACGAUUUCCAAACACUCCUCGAUUCACAGGUCGGGAGACUACCAAGACGAUCGUGGCCUGUACCCAGAGGUCCGUCAAAGAAACAGAAUAUACCGAUCAACUCCUUGCGCUUCCAGGGAGCUGCCUGGGCUACUGCGGGUGGUGGUAUGUGUGCGACACUGCAUGGAGCAUAUAAGAUCUUUCGGAAUUUCCGUGGAUUUAGAUAUAUCUGA